AUGGACGGACCACAGCGGUUAUCCCCCAACACGCAGAAGCAGGGCCGUCGGCGGCGGUCCAGCAGCAUCAUCUACCAGGAGCCCGCUGAAUCCAUGGAACAUAUCAGUGACCAGGCUGCGCUGCCCAAUCUCAAUGCAAACUGGGUCCAUGCCAAGGGUGCCUGGACCAUCCAUUUCGUCCUCAUUGCCGCGCUGAAGAUCUUCUACGAUAUCAUCCCAGGUGUCUCCCAGGAGACCUCAUGGACCCUCACCAACAUCAGCUAUAUGUUCGGCUCGUUCCUCAUGUUCCAUUGGGUGCGGGGCAUCCCGUUCGAGUUCAACGCCGGUGCCUACGAUAACCUCAACAUGUGGGAACAAAUCGACAAUGGCGACCAGUACACACCGACCAAGAAGUUCCUGCUCUGCGUGCCCAUCGUGCUCUUCCUCCUCAGCACACACUAUACCCACUACGACCUGACAUACUUUACCAUCAACUUUCUGGCCACAUUGGGAGUCGUCAUCCCUAAAUUGCCUUUCUCACAUCGGCUGCGAAUAGGCCUCUUCUCCGAUAUACCAGACGAGUCAUAG